AUGUUGAAAGCAGGAAUGCAACAUAAUGGAACUGUUCUCAAAAAUGGCGAUGAAACAGAUGUUUAUGGAAACGAUAAUGACGCAGACAUUGGUGGAUGUGUUUCAGAACAUAUCAACGAGUCGUGCUCGUAUAGUGAUUUGUUAAUGGAAGCUGUACAAUCUGGUCCUAAACAGGGUAAAAAACUGGCAUCGCUUUUCAUUCCAAAGAUUGGUGUUGCAAACUUCUGGACAUUAGUAAGGAAAGUAAUUAGUUUCGAGGAGACUCAAAGCACUCAUUGCUCUGAUUAUGGGGAAGUUUUACUUUUGGCAUGGAAUAGUGCCCUUGAUCAGUCAUUUAAAUUUAAGUUAGAAGAGGUCUUCAUGGACAUCGUAUAUUACUCUUUGCAACAUGCCAAGUACAGCAAAAAAUUUUUUUCGGCCGCUAACGGGACAGUCCGAUACAAUGCUUGCUGUCUUUUUUUCUCGUUCUAUCCAUUUGUAACCAAUAAUGAUGCUGAAAAUGUGGAAAACUUUGCCAACCAUCUGAAGAUUAUCAUCGAAUUAUUAAAUGAUGGAAGCUUUGCGAUUCGAGCUGUGGCAUGUAAACAAACUUUGUAUUUGCUUAGUCAAUAUUUCGACACUUUUUCUGUGGAUUUUAUCAAACAAAGUUUGACACAGUAUGUUCUAAAUAUUCCAUUUAUUGCACAAAUGUCUUUCUUCUCUCUUGAUAUUUUCUAUCAGAUUAUCGAUGUACUGACGUUGGAUAGCAUUGCUAGCGUAAGAAUCGCUGUGUAUGAAGGGAUGUGUGAUCUUCUUCAUUGCGUUGGUGCGCUGAAUAUUUGUGAAAGAGCUCUGAAAUGUCUCUUCCAUAAGAAAGGAAUUACUGAUCGUUGUGAUAAGGUUCGAUUGGCUGCUUUUAAAUUACUUGGCGCACUGAAAGGUCAUCGCUUUAUCAAGCUGACUGAUGUCGUAUCUAUUGAACAAAUUCUGAAGGUAUUUGCUGUUGAAGAAUCUGGAAUAGUAAGAAAAGAGAUUACUAAAGUACUUUUGCGGUGGUGUAUGAAAUCAGGAUUCAGUCCCGAUCAAGUCAUCCAUCGUAUCAUUGUAAUGGGAAAAGAAAGUGAGACUGCAGCAUUAUUUUUUCACUAUAUUAUUGUUGCGAAGGACUUGGUGCCUGUCGAGCGUGCAGUUCAACAUGCAAAAGCCCUUGUUCUUGCUGUUUACAAAGCUUUGCGAUCGUUACGAAAAACUGAGGAUUCUAAGACAAAUGAAACAUUUUGUGAAUUUUCGGAGGAAGUUCUUUGCGAAACAUUUUCGGAAUCUGCUGAAGCUGUAAUGUGGAUUCCUUUACGUAUGACUUUAGAAAAAGGAAGCUACACGAAGGACAAUGAGAAUCUGCGAAGACUGUUUGUCAAGCUGUUCAAGUUUAUAUUUUUGCAUUAUCGAAACACCCAGUUAUUGGAAGGAAUUAUGCAGUUAAAAAGAACUUUACAUAGUAGCAUGGAAGAAGAGUUAGCGAUAUCGGAACUGAUCCAGAGCUGUCAUGGAGAUGAGAAUCAAGCAGUCUAUACCCACGAAAUUAUUUAUAGUGAUUUAUUGUCUUCCUUCAAAUAUAUUGAUGAAGUAUUCGACAAUUUAAGGCGGGAGCUAAGCGAUGAAAUGCCUAGAAGACUGGAAAAAAAAAUGAAACUUCCGGAUGAUUCAGUGAGCAGAGCGUUAUCCCGUUUAAAAAAUAUCAUAAAGCGAGCGGAAGUGGAAAAUAAUUUAAUGCAAAACCAUCCUACUCAUAUCAAGCAAUAUUGCAAGGAUUUAGGAUGCCUAAAACAAUUACUUUGGGCAAAUUUUCCUCAAAAUAUAUAUAAGUUUCCUUGCGUGACGCUUACUUUCGAAAAUAUCAUUGAGGGUAUCAGAAUUCAUUAUUUAUUGGCACUUAUGAUGCUUACAUAUGAUAAAAAGGGCGGCACAAAGCUAAUGAUAGAUAUAGAAGAUGAUCUGAAGAAUUUUAAAAGUAACUGGAUGCCUUAUGUUCUUCUACAUUCAAGUAAGGAAGGCAAAGAUAUGUUGAUCAUAAUUUGUGAGACAUACAUCGAUUUGUGGACUAUGUGUCUUAGAAUUUAUGACACACCACUUGAAUUCAGAACACAACUUUGCGAUAAUAACUUGAUAGACAAUAUUAAUAAAUGUGAUGGUGCUGUUAAGCUUUUUGAAACAGUGCUGGAAAUGUUCAAAAAUCUGGUUAUUACUACGGUCAAAAAUGAUGACAGAGAAAAAGUACCAGUCACACACUUAUUAGAACCCAUACUUUUAUACAUGAUUUCUUGUUCAAAAUCAGAGCAAGUGGAUUUUGACCAAAAAACUGUAGCAGAUUCAUGGUCUACUAUAUAUAGUAUUUUGGUGAACUAUGGACUCACUAAAACAGUGAUCGAGCGUCAAGCUGAGAUCAUCACUAAUUUCAUUUUGAAUGAACUUUCAGAAGUUAAUGGAGAUGUGAGGCAUUAA